GUCAUAAAGUCACAAUUGAGGUUGUAUUGUAUUCAAUUUUUCUCAAUUGUUCUUCAAAAAAUAGAUAUAUAUAUUUUACUGUGUCGUAGCUUGCUGUCUCUAUCUCUGUACUUGGAGAGUUGGAGCCCUCGGCCGUUUGCUAUCUCUCCGGCAGUUGGCGGUAUGUCGAGCCUGGUGGAGAGACUUCGGGCCAGAACAGAUCGAAGGCCUAUUUACAACCUUGAUGACUCGGAUGAUGAAGCUGAUCUUGUCCACGGAAAUUCUCGGGCUGCGAACGAGGUUUUUGAGAGGAUAGUAAGAGAAAACACGAAAUAUGAUUCUUGUCAACUAUGCGGGGAAAGUGGGAUUCUUCUAUCCUGUGAGACAUGUUCGUAUUCCUUUCAUCCAAAAUGUCUGGUUCCUCCGCUGAAAGCUCCUCUUCCAAGCAACUGGAGGUGCCCUGAAUGUGUGAGCCCUUUAAAUGAUAUUGAAAAGAUCCUAGACAGUGAAAUGCGUCCCACAAGUGCGGAGGAUAGUGACCCUGUAAACCCUAGCUCUGGCCAAAUCUUUGUGAAACAUUACCUGGUCAAGUGGAAAGGAUUAUCUUAUCUUCAUUGCACCUGGUUGCCUGAGCAAGAGUUUCAGAAAGCCUACAAGGCAUAUCCUCGGUUGAAGACGAAAGUCAAUAAUUUUCAUAGGCAAACAUCUGCAAUUAGUAACUCCGAAGAUGAAUUUGUUGCGAUUCGACCUGAAUGGACUACUGUUGACCGUAUCCUAGCCUGCAGGGGUGAUGAUGUCGAGAAAGAGUAUCUUGUGAAAUGGAAAGAGCUAUCAUAUGAUGAAUGUUACUGGGAGUUUGAGGCGGAUGUUUCCUCAUUUCAGAAAGAAAUUGAUAGAUUCAAUAGCAUUCAGUCAAGACGUCGAAACAAACGUAAAAGUAGCAUUCUUGAUACUGAAAUGGAAAAGAAAGGGAAGGAUUUUCAACCAUUUGAGCACAGUCCAGAAUUUCUUUCUGGAGGUUCACUCCAUCCUUAUCAGCUUGAAGGAUUGAAUUUCCUGCGAUUUUCAUGGCCCAAACAGACACAUGUGAUACUUGCAGAUGAGAUGGGUCUUGGCAAAACCAUUCAGAGUAUUGCAUUUUUAGCUUCUCUCCUUGAAGAUGGCAUCCGUCCGCAUUUAGUGGUAGCACCACUGUCCACAUUGCGUAACUGGGAACGUGAAUUUGCUACAUGGGCCCCUCAAAUGAAUGUUGUUAUGUACGUUGGCUCUGCUCAAGCACGCAAUGUUAUAAGGGAAUAUGAAUAUUACUUCCCUAAGAGCUUGAAAAAUAAAAAGAAGAAGCAUGGUCAGAUUGGUGGCGAAAGACAACAAGAUAGGAUCAAAUUUGAUGUCCUGUUGACAUCAUAUGAGAUGAUUAACUUGGAUACUGCUUCAUUGAAACCUAUACAAUGGGAGUGCAUGAUUGUUGAUGAGGGCCAUCGUCUAAAAAAUAAGGAUUCAAAACUCUUUUCUUCCUUAAAGCAAUAUCUGAGCAGGCACCGUGUUCUUUUGACGGGAACUCCUCUGCAGAACAAUCUGGAUGAACUUUUCAUGCUGAUGCACUUUCUUGAUGCCGGGAAGUUUGGAAGUUUAGAGGAAUUCCAGGAGGAAUUCAAGGAUAUUAAUCAAGAGGAGCAGAUUUCCCGGCUCCAUAAAAUGUUGGCUCCCCAUUUGCUUAGAAGACUGAAGAAAGAUGUGAUGAAGGAGCUACCUCCAAAAAAGGAGCUUAUUUUACGUGUGGAUUUAAGUAGCAAACAAAAAGAAUAUUACAAGGCUAUUCUGACUCGGAACUAUGAGAUCCUAACUCGUAAAGGUGGAGCACAGAUCUCUCUUAUCAAUGUGGUAAUGGAAUUACGCAAACUCUGUUGUCAUCCAUAUAUGCUUGAAGGUGUUGAACCUGACAUAAGAGAACCGAAGGAGGCUUUGAAACAAUUGUUAGAGUCAUCUAAGAAGUUACAACUUCUGGACAAGUUCAUGCUGAAACUUAAAGAGCAAGGUCAUAGAGUUCUGAUUUAUUCGCAGUUCCAACAUAUGCUGGACUUGCUGGAAGAUUACGUAACCUACAGAAAAUGGCAAUAUGAAAGGAUUGAUGGCAAAGUUGGUGGUGCUGAGAGGCAAAUAAGGAUAGACCGGUUUAAUGCCAAAAAUUCUUCCAGAUUUUGCUUUCUGCUAUCAACUAGAGCGGGGGGUUUGGGGAUAAAUUUAGCAACUGCUGACACAGUUAUCAUAUAUGACAGUGACUGGAAUCCCCAUGCCGACUUACAAGCAAUGGCUAGAGCCCACCGUCUUGGACAAACAAAUAUGGUACUGAUUUACAGACUGAUAACAAGGGGAACCAUUGAAGAAAGGAUGAUGCAGAUGACAAAGAAAAAAAUGGUCUUAGAGCAUCUUGUUGUUGGGAAGCUUAAAUCACAAAACAUUAACCAGGAAGAAUUGGAUGAUAUAAUAAGGUAUGGUUCAAAGGAGCUAUUUGCUGAUGAGAAUGAUGAAGCUGGAAAGUCCCGCCAAAUUCACUAUGAUGAUGCUGCAAUAGAUAGGUUACUUGACCGUGAACAAGCUGGGGAUGAUGAGAAUACUGUAGAUGAAGAAGAGGAAGACGGAUUCUUAAAGGCUUUUAAGGUAGCAAAUUACAAGUACAUUGAUGAAGUGGAAAAAGAAAAAGAAGAUGAAGAAAAAUAUGACCCUGCUGAAGAUAGUUCUGCUGUUAACAACCCAGAAAGAACAAGCUAUUGGGAAGAGCUUCUUAAAGACUGCUACGAUGGGCACAAAGUUGAGGAGUCAAAUGCUAUGGGGAAAGGGAAGAGGAGCCGCAAACAGAUGUUACCAGUAGAGGAAGAUGACUUUGCUGGUAUGGAGGAUGUAAGCUCUGAUGGUGAAGACAACAACUAUGAAGCUGAAUUAAGUGAUGGUGAGACUGCAGUACCAGUUAUUCCUGUUGUUGGGAGGAGACCCUACAAAAAGCGAGCUCGUGUAGAUAGCAUGGAGCCAAUUCCUUUGAUGGAAGGCGAAGGAAAAUCAUUUCGAGUAUUGGGUUUCAAUCAAAGUCAACGGGCUGUCUUUGUUCAAAUUUUGAUGAGGUUUGGGGUGGGUGAAUAUGACUGGGCAGAGUUCACACCGCGAUUAAAACAGAAGACAUAUGAAGAAAUAAAAGAGUAUGGUUUACAAUUCUUGGCUCACAUUGCCGAAGAUAUCACGGAGUCACCUACCUUUUCAGAUGGUGUUCCAAAAGAAGGACUAAGAAUACAAGAUGUGCUUGUAAGGCUGGCUGUGUUAAUGAUGAUACGGGACAAAGUAAAAUUUGUGGCAGAAACUUCAAGCACUCAUAUUUUUACAGAGGAUAUACUAUAUCGCUUCCCAGGCUUGAAGCAUGGAAGGUUUUGGAAGGAGGAACAUGAUAAAUUGUUAUUGCGUGCUGUACUGAGGCAUGGCUAUGGAAGAUGGCAAGCAAUUCUUGAUGACAAGGACUUGAAAGUUCAAGAGUUAAUUUGUCAGGAGCUGAAUCUUCCUUUUCUCUCUCUCCCUGUGUUUGGAGCCCCUCUACCUCAGGACAAUAAUAAUGCAAAUACAUCUGGCUCUGAAGCACAUUUGAACCAAACAAAAGAAGCUGGUCCUGGGAGUGACGUAGCAGUUGAUGCUGCACAGGCAACAGCUGAUCCUGCCAUCCGAGCGCAGGUCUUUCAAGAUUAUUCUUCACUGUACCAAUUCAGAGAUAUGCAGAGAAGACAAGUUGAGUUCAUCAAGAAAAGAGUUCUGCUAUUGGAGAAAGCACUAACAAUGGAACACCAAAAGGAAUUAUAUGGAGAUGACAAGACAAAUGAUAUUCCUGGUGUGGACCAAGAAGUUGAAGCCAGACUUGUGGAAAUACCAACUCUAUACAAUGCGGAUACUGAUGCUCAAACAAUUACUCAGUUGCCAGAGAUGGAACCCAUAUCUGCAGUACUUGAGAACCCGGAUCAUUUGGAGUUGACCCGGCUUUAUAAUGAGAUGUGUAAAGCAUUGGGAGAGAAUAUGCAUGAAUCUAUAGUGGCAUACUUAGCCGUGCAACAACCACUCAGUUCCAAGUUGAGGAAUAACCUAGGUUCCCUGGAAACUAUUUCUCAAGCAAUAAACAGGAUCCUCUCAACUUCCAAAGAUCCCAGUUCCAGCACAGCGACAGCCACAGAGCCAGCAUUAACUGAAACCGAACUUGAAGAAACAACAGCUAAUUUGUCAACAGUGCCAGUGCCAGCUGAUUCUCAAACCGAAGGCGAGGCUGAAGCAGUAGAAAAGGUAAUAAAGGAUUCGCCGACAAAUAAUCCAGAAGUGGGUGGAGAGGAUGGUGGUGAUAUCGAAAUGGAAGAUAAGCAAGAUGAUUAAAUAUUGAAAUUUAUGUACCUUUAUUAUUAUUAUUAUUAUUGGCGUGAUUAAAAGGAUUAUUCCUGGCAUUUCUCCUCCUUAUUAGUUGUAUUAGUAGUAAUACUUACAAGUUUGGUAACAAACAAAAAGGUAGACUACAGAAAGUAUUAUUAGCAUACUGAUGUAUCAGCUCCCAUCAUAUUUUACUUUUUUUUUUUUUUUUUCUUUCUUUUUUCCAUGUGUGACUAAUUCCAUACAUUUGAAUAUUAUUGUAAUCUCAUACUUUAUUAACUAUGAAAUCAAUUACACUUAUUUAUCUA